GCAUAGACGUAGGCCAUGGUGCUGUUCCAAAUGAUUAAUCCGGCUCCGCUGGAGCAGAAAGUGCAGUCCCGUGAGGCGAAUAUAUAUCUUUAUCGGGCCAUGUGGCUCAUUGGAUGGACUCCGCCGAAGGAGGGUCUACUGCGGUAUGUGUAUCUCUUCUGGACAUGUGUGCCCUUCGCCUUUGGAGUGUUCUACCUGCCCGUGGGCUUCAUCAUUAGUUAUGUGAAUGAGUUCAAGAACUUUACGCCUGGGGAGUUCCUCACCUCCCUGCAGGUGUGCAUUAAUGUGUAUGGAGCGUCUGUGAAGUCCACGAUUACGUAUAUAUUCCUUUGGAGGCUGAGGAAGACGGAGAUGCUGCUGGACAAUCUGGACAGGAGGCUGCAGGGUGAUGGAGAUCGGAAGAAGAUCCAUGACAUGGUGGCCCGCUGCAACUAUGCGUUCCUCAUCUACAGCUUCAUCUACUGUGGCUACGCGGGAUCCACUUUCCUCUCGUAUGCCCUCAGUGGUCGUCCUCCUUGGUCGGUUUACAAUCCUUUUGUGGACUGGCGCGAUGGCCUGGGCAGUUUGUGGAUUCAGGCCAUCUUUGAGUACAUAACCAUGUCCUUUGCGGUGCUGCAGGAUCAGCUAUCGGACACGUAUCCCCUGAUGUUUACUAUUAUCUUUCGGGCGCACAUGGAUGUGCUCAAGGAUCAUGUGAGGAAUUUGCGCAUGGAUCCGGAAAGGAGCGAGGCUGACAACUACCAGGAUCUGGUUAAUUGUGUGAUUGAUCACAAGAUGAUUAUACGAUGCUGCGACAUGAUCCGCCCCAUGAUAUCCCGCACCAUCUUUGUGCAAUUCCUCCUCAUUGGUUCUGUGCUGGGUUUGACUCUGAUCAAUGUUUUUUUCUUUUCGAACUUUUGGAAGGGUGUGGCAUCCUUUCUCUUUGUCAUCACCAUUCUGAUGCAGACAUUCCCCUUUUGCUAUACCUGCAAUCUCCUUCUGGACGAUGCCCAGGAUUUGGCCAACACCAUUUUUCAAUCGAAUUGGGUCGAUGCAGAGCCUCGAUACAAGGCCACCCUCGUGCACUUUAUGCAUCAUGUUCAGCAGCCUAUAAUAUUCAUUGCAGGGGGAAUUUUUCCCAUCUCCAUGAACAGCAACAUAAGCGUGGCCAAGUUUGCCUUCAGCAUCAUCACAAUAGUGCGGCAAAUGAAUCUGGCCGAUCAGUUUCAGUAAAAUUAGCUCAGUUAUCCCAAAUUAUCCUGCCUGCACUCGCCACGAGCACAACUGCGAUUCUUUAUGUCCGUGAUUUGCAUAAAAUCUGUAUAUGUUGUGGCUUAUCUCAUAAGAUUUUGGCUGAUUUAGUUGGUAAAUGGUAAUGGCGAUGCCAAAGGAUGUGAAAGUCUGACUGAAUUUGCAAAUUGUGUUAACAGACGGAAAUUACAACGGCCGACUCAGGGCUCUGGAAGAAUAUUUCUGUGGCAAGGAGCAGAGGGAAGAGGCAGCCACAGGAAGUACAUAUAACCGUUUACAUAUUGUAUGCGAUUUUUAUUUAAAUUUUAUGUUAAACACGUGACUUGUAACCAGCGCAAAAGGUAGAGGCGGAAAAUAGCACACAGUAAGCUCUUUAAAAUAAAACUCUAAACUGUAGAGACUUUGAUCCCAACACUCCACACAACAGUUUAGUAAUUCAUCUGGUAAACAAGUCGAAAAUUCAGUAAUAUAUAUAUUUUAUUUACUCUUGAAUUUAUAAAUCCACCUGAAAACUUCUCGAAGCGAGAAAAUGAAUCCAGAUCGGAAUCCGAGCCUUAGGAAGAUGGAGCCGCUGAUGGAACCCGUUUCCGCGGUGCAACGCAUGUCCUCCGCUGGCUUCCGUGAGCGUCGCGCCGUUGUGGAAGCCUAUCGUGGCCCACAGGUGGCUCCGGAUGAAGCCAUGCUCCCCAUGCCACCACACAAUAAGGGGCACGAUUUUGGGAAGAUGCUGCAGAAUUUUCGAGAGCAAUUGGCCAUGCCGGGACUCUGGCAACGCACAUUGCGACUUCUGAAGAAGCGGUUUUAGUACGUUUUAAUUGUUAUUAAUCUUUGGUAGAAAAUACUCUUCACAAGUCCCCACCACAAAAUCAUAGGAAACAUGUAGUGUGCUCGAUUUUAGGCUACGCAAGUAAGGUUGUUUACAAAUUGUUUUCUUUUAUUGUUCGAACAAAAUAUAUAUUAAGAAUUAA